AAGUAAUGCGACACGAAUAAAUGCGCCGACGAAGAUUUGCGGACGAAGAAAUGCAGACGAAGAAUUGCGCGACGAAGAAAUGCCAUACGAAGAUUUGUCCUGGAAUCCCUUGCUAGUGUCUAUGGAUUCGGACAACAUUGCUGGCAGAAGACGGCGGCUGCGGAAGCGGAGGCCAAGCCGCUCAGCGUCUCAAGGUUCUACUGCUGGUAGCUGCGGUGGCAUCCUGGCCUCACUCUCAGCACUGGCUGGCUACAAAGCCCUGCCUGAUGGUACCUCGUCUCAACAGGAGGCCCGUCCCCCACCAAGUAUGGGGUUUGACGCAGGGUCUAUGUCGGCACCAGCCUCGACAGGAAGAGCAAAGCGGAGGGCGAGGAAGAGGCGCCGAGAGGAGGCAGAAACUGCGGCAACUGGGAUCGGACGCGCCAAACAGCUACGGGAGACAUUCAAACUGUGGGUGCCUGCCUCUGGCGCACAGAAGACCGACACACUAUCUGAUCCAGGACAAGGUCGGGAAGGGAAUAACUCGGGUGGUGCAGAGAAAACGGCUGGUAGCGGUGAAAACACAAACACUAAUGGUGCAAAAAUGGACAUUAGUAUUGAGGUGAACAACGAAAAGGCCACUAAUGGCAGAGGGAAGACUAACGAUAACGGCGGAACCGAAUCGGGUGCCAAACUGAGCCGCUCAGCAAGACAGAGGCAGCGCAAGAGGAUGAAACGCGAGCUUGAGUCGCAGUCUGGCGGCGCUCUGGCUGGUGAAGAGCAUAGUAAGACGGCGCCAGUGACUGCGCCGGUGACACGCGGUAGGGAGGACCAACAGCAUGACGCAAGAGCCGUGGCGUCCAUGUCGUCUAACGUCGAAGAGGAGGCCAAUGCGCCUGAUGAGAAGAAUGCAGAAAGUUCUAGUGUGUCAGGCGCAGCUCGAGCACGUCUUCUGUUAAAGCGGGCCAAACAAAGAGAGAAGAGGGCAGAAAAACGACGUGAGAGAUGGCGUGAACGGGCAGGCCAGCAGCAGUCAGACGCUGAGGUCAAACAGAACGGCGCCACCUCAGGUCCUAAACAGAAUGAGACAUUAGCAAAGGAGACUGAGCAUUCGCCAAACAACACAGGGGCUGCUGUUGUGCAGACCGCUCCGUCCCAAGCACAAGAGUCGACGUCGACAAGGACAACCGUCAAGGGAAACCCAGCUGACGGUUCUCAUGCCACUUUGUCUCAGCAACCACCGCUGUCUGUCUCAGCCGCGCGGAGGGCAAGGAAAAGACGACGGACGCGAAACGAUUCAGCUGCCGAGUCCGAGUCUGUGGCCAACAGCGCGCAACAUGAACCACAACCUGCAGACAAGGGGGCAAACAGAUCCCCAACUCCUACCAAUGAAAACGGUGCAGGGGCCGACGGCGCCGCUCGGGGUGGUGCCGGCUCCAGAAACAGAAAGAAAGCUAACAGGAAACGACCGCGCUGGACGGUGCUCGAUUCGGUAACGUGUGAGCCUGAGACACAGGAGAAUGCGGAACCGAAGACCGCCGCGUCAAUGGUGUCUGAGACGGUGUCUGGUGCCGAAACUGGUGCUGGUGCCGGUGGUGCUGCUGGUGGUGAGAACUCUGGUGCUAGUGGUAGCGUUUGGGCCACAUCUGGUGCUGGUGGUAGUGUAUGGGCCACACCUGGUGAUGAUCCCAGUGGCAGCGUCCGGGUCACCAAUGCUCCUGGACAUGGCGUCACUUCCGGUGGGGAUGGUAGUGCAGAUGCCACCGCCGGUGUUGGUGUAAGCGCCAGCUCCAAACGCAGGAACAGAAAACGAAAGCGCCGAGCCGAUUUGCUUACGAACGCAGGCCUGAACGCGACACCGACGGAUGCAGAAACUGCGACCCAAACCGCGGACCAAACCGGACAGCUCGCUGAUCAGAAUCCAUCCGUUGAUCAUGAGAAGUCCGCCCCAUACGUCAACCCGGCUAUGACACGAGCUGCCAGGAGAAAGAUGCGACAGUCGCUACGCCAAAAGGCUGGCAGGGCAGCCGGGACUGGUGAGAAACCUCUGACAAGAUCCGAUGCGCCUCUUUCACAUCUGGCCAGUGAUGAUAGCGACGAUGACGAUGAAAAGUCGACUGACCGUCGCUGGUGGUGGAAAAACAGCGAGAGCGGCAGCGGGCGCUCCGAGGGCGAGGAAAAACCGCCCUCUGCUCGUGCCAAGCGGCGCCAGAAACGGCGGCGCAAUAAAGAAAAGGGCACAGGACGUGAAAAUGCUGCCGCCUCAGAGCCAGACGCCGUCUCUGCCGCGGGGGAAGACGGUGGUCCUUCUCCGGCUAAGGUCGCCAAGGUGAUGACGGAUACCUCCCCUCCCAUCGUUUCUCCUACACAACCAGAGGCCUCUGUCGAAGUCGACGCUCAGCCUCAGGCUGAGGCCGGCGCUGGUGUAACCGACCCGGCCGCCGCCAGAAAGGCGAAACGAGCGGAGAAGGCGCGCUGGUCUCGGCAGAAACGCCGACAAGCUCUAAGGGAGAAGGCGAAGGCGGAGGCUGCGAAAGUGCAAGAGGGCAGCGCGGAACCAGGGCUUAAAGCGGCUGCUGAUUCAAUUCCAAAACAGGCCGUGGACUCAUCAGGAAAGUCGGCAGACGGCGAGAAAACUGUUUCUGCGGCUGCUAUCUCAGCAGCUGCUGCCUCUUUGCUCACCUCCAUCGGUUCUUCCACUGCUAGCAAGACUACAACGAAAGCCACCACCGCAACUACCACCGCCGCGAUUGACAGAGCCUCUACCGCGGUCACUUCCGCUGGUACAAUUGCGAAGCCCGUCACUAAUUCCAUCACUCCGGCUACCGGGACAGGAGAAUCUGCUACCGCUGCUGCCGCUUCGGCUCCUCCCGAGUCCAGCGCUGGCUCAGGCCCCAAAAAGCCCGUCUCUGCCCCCGCCUCCGCCCCAACCGCUGACCCCGUCGCUGACGCCCCCAUCACCGCGACGGACGCCGCUGUGGUGACGAGACGACGGCCGCGUCGUCGGCGCGGCCAGGGGGUGUCCCAGCCGGGUCGACUGCUGCUCGGAGGCACCAUCAACGACCCACUCAACCUGGCGGAACUGGAAGGCAUGGACGACCCGAGUGAUGAUGAUUCCAACAAUAUUCCGACACACGCUUCCAAACUAGCCGCGAAAAGUGCCUCAUCUGCAUCUGCAUUGGAGUCUGGUAGCUCCAAGCUGAAAGGAGCGCCGUCGGAACUCGCUGAAACGGAUACAAAGAAGGUCUCGGACCGAAAAACGCACCUUUCUCGGACACAAGCAGAUGUUGAAGCAGACAAACCUGUCAAUGGGAACGUUACUGCCCCUGUGGGAGCUGCUAAAGCUGAUGCCGGUUCUGUGGACCCUGAGAAUGCUGCGAAAGUUGUUGAAGCCACAGAACCUGCAACUGCUGCUCCGUCGGAAAACGACACCGUCGGAACUGCUGGUAUCAAGUCAGAUGAACACACCAAAUCAACCGAUGAUACUAACGAUACCGCGGCCAAUGUAGCGUGUGCCGAUUCCCUGACGACCACUAAAUCUCCUUUCAAGAAAGAGACCGCUCAAACGGAGACCACGCCACCCGAUACAAAAAGCGGCGAUAAGUUCUCAUCUCCGUCAGCUGCCAAUCCGGGCACCAACGAAACCAGUCCAGCCGACCUAUUGAACACAGAAACCGACCAAAAACCGUCCGAGGAUCCCUCGUCCGCUGCCUCUGCCGGCAAAGACGCUGUUGCUACAGCCGCUGCUGACGCAAACGUAGCUGCUGCCGCUGCCACGGCCUCUGCCGACGCUGAUGCUGACUCCGACCCAGAGUUUGACCCGCGCAAGGCCCAGUUCCAAUACGGAAACUAUAACCGCUACUACGGUUACCGGAACGGCGGCCGGCCGGACGGCCGGCUGGCCUGUCUGAAAUCCGAGUGGUUCACAGGACUGGAUGUGCUGGACGUGGGCUGUAACAUCGGUCACGUGACCCUGACGGUGGCACGUGACUACGCGCCGCGACGGUGUGUCGGGCUCGACAUCGAUAGCAGCCUGAUCAAGAUCGCUCGGAAGAACAUCAAGCACUAUCAGGAGCAGCGGAAGACGGGAAAAGCAGACCCGGGUGACGCCCAGGAUGCAGCCAAGAGUGCCCCCGCCAAACCUACAAACUUCCCCAGAAACGUCUCCUUCGUUCACGCCAACUUUGUGCUGGAAUCGGACGCCCUUCUGGAGACGGUAAAGCCAGAGUUUGACACCGUGCUUUGCUUGAGCAUCACUAAAUGGAUCCAUCUCAACUUCGGGGACGACGGUAUCCGCCGCUUCCUGCGCAGAGUCUACCUGUGUCUGCGGCCCGGAGGGAGGCUACUGCUCGAGCCGCAACCGUGGAGCAGCUACCUGAAGUACAAGAAACUCACGCCCAAGAUCUCUGAGACGUUCGGGCAGCUGCAGCUGCGGCCCGACCAGUUUCCCGAGCUGCUCGAGCAGCUGGGCUUCCUGCCGUGUCAGACGGUGGGCCGACCGCGACACUCCGCGGCCGGCUUCAGCCGCCAGCUGCAGCUCUUUAUCAAGCCGGGUGGCAGUCACCCUAGCUCCGAUCAGGACAUUACGGCGCCGUCAGACACCCCGGCAGCUCCGUCAGACGCCCCAGCAGCUCCGUUAGACGCCCCAGCAGUUCCGUCAGACGCCCCGGCAGCUCCGUCAACAAACGGUGUCGGAAGCUCUGCCCAGCCCUCAGCGGCCGCUGCUCCUAUCGCGGAGACGACAACUGAUUCUGCUGCGACUGAUGCUGCUAAUGAUACAGCAGCUGUGGCAACGGCAACGACUGGAGUGAAGGGACCAGCAAAAGAGGCGACCCAUGAAGCUAAAACUGCUGCCCCGGUGACGGAAAUAGCGCCACCUACUGCUGUGGAGCCUGCGGCGGUGACGGCAGUGGCGGACAAGCCAGAGGAGAAGGUGGCUGAGACUGCUGCUGCUGCCUCGGAGGCGGUUGUAGCGCCAUCUACUGGUGCGGAGUCCGCGACAGCGACGGCGACGUCCAAAUCAUCGAAAGCAGAAUAGCCAGAGCUUUUGACUGUGGUGACUGAGGCUGAAUAAUGUCCUGCGAAGGGCUGCCUGAAGUCGGAAGCUGAUAUCACAGCAGCAUCGGCGGACAGCCGCGGGGUCGGUCAGACUGGUUCGGUGCAGUGACAUGAAGGCGGCCGGAGGACUGAUUGACAGUGUGAAUACUAAAGAAAUGAGCCAGUUUCACCCCACUGAGAUUCAGACUCUGUCAAGACAAUACCUAAGUGACCGAAACUCCGCCUUCAUUAGUGAGGCAGGAUACUACCCAUCCUGAGGAGCCUAGCUGAGUGCUGGGUCGGACAGGUGAACACAGAAGUCAGCUAUCUGGUUGACUCAUAACAAUGCCGGCCAGAAGGGAUGUGUGAUGACUUGCUGGUCCGGCUGGACCGUCGUGGGCCGAGCGGCUAAUGAUAAAAUUGGAGGCUAUUCACUGUCACAGGUCGAAAUCUUGCCGGUUGGAGAGUGGUGCGCAGGAUGUGAAGGCUUGUCUUCAGAAGUAGGAAGAACGGCGUAUCUCAGCGACCGCAGAGAGGCUAGCCCAGAGUAUAGUACCGGGAAUUCCAAAUGCUCUGCGUGGUUGACCGUUUUGAGCUCAUAGGCUACGAGUGAGACGAGGGCUUUCUAAGUGGGCGGUAUGCAAGCUGAGAGUUUGCCCAUCCCAUCAGGAUGCUGUCUAUAUGUCUGUGCGAUUCUGAGGUUUUCUUCGCAUGCCAGUACGAAUGGUUAAAAAUGCCUCUUCGAGCAGGGCCUUCGGCAGGAGUUUUGUCACUGCCUGGAACGGACAGAUCUCCGUCUCCCAUCUCGACUCGAUUUGUGGCAUUGUGUCUCGACUUUCAUUGGCAGGGAUUGAGCGUUUGAUGACGGUUGUUAGUGUGAUAGCGCAUAGUGCGUCGAUCUUUUCUUGAAGUCUCGAGUGAUUGUUAUGCGUCAGUCAGGUACAAGUUUCAUCGAGAUGUCCAUCUGUGAUGCUAGAAUCGAGUCAUGACUGUUGAAUACAUCGGCUCUUACUGCCCAAUUGA